AUGGAGGUAGCUUUCACCGUCUCACCUGACGAGCGGCAGCAUGUGGAGUAUUUGGCCGACCUAUUUGCUGUCAUUGUCGCCAUUGAGAAGGUGGAGAAGGCGAUGCUGCGUGACCUUAUUACUCAGGAGCAGUACGAUACGACCAUUCGCCGCCUGCUGGAGAAGUAUAAAUCCAGUGUGUCGUAUCUUGAGCAGGGCCGGAACCCGUACUACACCACCAUUGACUCCUUUUGGGAAAAUUACGGUUCUAAGUGCCCUGCCGCGCGGGCCCGCAUUCAACUUGGCCUCGCAAAUGAUCAUCAACAGAAGGACGGGCACACGAACACCACACUUGUGCUGGAGUGUGGUCAGUACUUUAUUACACUCAUGGACUCCCUCAAAUUGCAGCAGACUGCAGUGGACCAGUUGUAUACACUUCUAACUGAUCUAGUUCAGGGACUGAGGCGAUUGGGGGCGUCUGAUCAGGAAUUUCACCAGCGUCUUGUGGCGUGGAAGGAGAAGUUGGACACCAUGAAGGCAUCCGAUGAGUUAAACGAGAGAGACACGCGGGAGUUUGCAUUUGUGCUGGAAUGCGGCUAUCAGGCUUUUUAUGCCUAUCUCAGUGACACCAGUAGAACAAGUUCAGGGUCAAUGAAAUACUAG